CGUACGUAUGUUUUAUUUUAUCAUAAGCUCUAUUUGCAACUUUAAUGUCUAUGUCAAAUAUUGAAAUCAACUUUUGAAAGACUUUUUUCGUCUGCGGGAAAAUGGCUGAUGUUAAAUCGCCACCUCCAAGAAAUAAUGAUAUCUAUCAAUUCUACAAAUACUUCUAUCACUCACAAUUUCAUUUUCAAGCACACUAAAUUCCUUAAAUAUUUACUUUGCGACUACUUACAUUUUUUAUGACAUGAAAAGCCUGACUUCUACUCUUCUGAAUCAAAACUAGUAAAUUCUUUCAAAUGCAUGGAAGAUGGGGAGAGUAAUGAGACUCUUUUUCAAUUGCUGAGGAUUAUACAUAAUAUAUCUGUCAAGUUAUUACUUUUAUUCAUUAAUUUUUUUAUUUUUUCUAGAUUCAAAGUAAUAAAUUCUCUUCUCUAUUUACUAAUUUAUCUCAAUCAUCAUAACUUAAUUCUUUCUUAUCUUCUCCAAUUCUUUACCUAAGCUACUAUAAAGUUUAGCAAGUACCAUUAUAAAUCAUUUAUUUAUCUUUUAUUUCAAUUAUUUAUUUCCUUUAACAAUUUAUUUUUUCUAUAUAUUAAUCUUAUUAACUUAAUUUAAACAAAAUAAUAUAAAUCAACAUUUAAUAAACAAAAUUUAACUUUAAUCCUCUCUUAAAACUCAAUUUCAUGGAUAUUUUCUUAUUUAUCAUUUCUCUUGUCUGCUUUUUGCUUUUUCAAUUUUCCAAGUAUCGUCUGCUUAUUUUUUCCCCAUUUUUUUUUCUAUUUCAAAAUUCAAAUUUAUCUUACAAUUUACUUUAAAAUUUAUAUUAUGUCAAUUUUCAAAAAUCUAACAAUCUACUCCUACAACAUUCCUGGCCUACUUUCAAAAACAACUAUACUUAGGAAACUCCUUGAUCAAUAUGAUUUUAACAUUAUUUUAACACAAGAAUCUCUUAUUACCAAUAAUAUUUAAAAAAAAAAGAAGAGAAAACAAAAAAAAAUAAAUAAAUAAAUUACAAAAACUAAUUCUUCUUCCUCUUUACUCCUUAAUCAUCCCCCCCCCUUUUUUCUAAUACAUAUUCCUAUCUUAUUUUUUUUAAUAAAUAAACAUUAUUUACAAUGUGGAUCCUGGCUUAUCCACGAGUGGUACCCGUCAUCCCACUCAAAUUAAAUGGGACCCUGACAGUAGGGUAAAUUACUGUCAACUUUGUGGAUCCUGGCUUAUCCACGAGUGGUACCCGUCAUCCCACUCAAAUUAAACGGGACCCAGACAGUAGGGUAAAUUUUCUGCCAAACGGUGAAUGCAAAUUCACUGCACUGGAGACGCCCUCUAUGGGGUGGUGGAGUGCCCACUUAAUUGUGGGAUGUCUCCCCAGUGUAUAAUAUGAUAUGAUAUGAUUGAAAUCAACUUUAUUCGUCUUAUGCAAGUUUGUGAGAAUAUGGUAUCAGUUCAAAAUUAUAAUCAAUGGAGAUUUAAAUCGUUUAGUAUAUAGAUACAUUGGAUUUAUACCUACAACAGUUAAUGACAACAUCAACAUUUCAACGCCCAAAAGAAAAUAUUAAUGAGUACAAUACUAAAUUAAGUUACCUAAAAUCUUUGAUUAAGGCUUCAAGCUUACCACCAAUUUGUUUGAGCAAUGUGGAAACAUGUGAUGAUUCAGAAAGUUUUUCAAAAUCAAUGAUUGAUAUUAAUAUACCAGAAAAUGAGGUUAACAUAGCAUAUCCUAAAAACUCAACAACAUCCAUUAAACAAUUAUAUGUUUUAAUGUCUUCUGAAAAAGAAAAUAACCUUAGAGCACGCCUUUUAUCAAAAUCUAAUGCUUAUGACAAUGAUAUUGACUUAGACGAUAUUGAUAAAAUUGCAUUUCUUAAAACUAAUUCCAAAAUUCAGGAGGCUCUAUCAGAACAAAUGGUUGAUUUGGUUAAAAAUUUAAAAAAUAAUGUUAGUCUAGCUUCAACUAUUAUUAAAAAAGAUAACAAGGUCUUAUUUCAAUCAACAAAUCUUCAAGCCAAAAAUUUAGAAAAAUUGAAAGGUGUAAGUGAUCAAUUAGAUAUCACAAAAACUAAAGCAAAUCCUUGUUGGGUUUGGUUCAUUUUAAUAUUAGUAUUUGCUAUAUUUUUUUGGAUGCUUAUAUUUAUGAAACUUUUUUCAAAAUAAAAUGUA